UUAUGUUAUAAAUAAGUAUCUUAAUGUUAGAGAGUGCGCAGAUGGACGGAGAGGGCCAGUAGAAGUACGUAAAACUCAAUUUGAAUGGAUUAUAUAGCUCUGGGCUUGUAAGUAAAAAAAAAUUUUGUCAUGGGAUCAGAAGAAAGUGAAAGUGGUUUUGAAAUGAUGAGUGCACCUGAAAGUAGAGAGGAAUCUCCCCAAAUCACGAAAGCAGAGAAGAAAUCAUCAAUAAAAACAUCAUCAGUAGUGCCAUAUGGAGAAUCUUGUGGUUUUCUUAAGAAAGAUGAGGAAGAUCUAGAUGAAACAUUAGGAGAAAGACUCUGGGCACUGACUGAGAUGUUUCCUGAAUCACUCAGAAAUGCAACAUCAUCCUUGAUCACUGGAUCAGCGAUCAGUGUCAAAUGGGCUUAUGGCUUUAGCCGGUCAGUCUUUUGGAUAGUGUUCUCUUCUUCAGUAAUCUUGAUGGCUCCUGUCAUGUUUGAAAGUGAACGAAUGCAGUUGGAAGAGAUGCAGAAACAGCAACAGAGACAGAUUUUAUUAGGGCCAAGUGCAGCAGUCUCUUCAGGCAGUGGAUUGCAAGGAAUGGGAAUGAUGAUACCUGGACAACCACAACAUCAAUAACCUAGUCAGCUUAAGUUGUAAACUAAUAUAUAUAUGCUAUAAAUUAAAGUAAUUAACAAAAAUAUCAAAAAAUGUAUAAUAGUGGUCCCCAUUGUAUAUAUUCCUCUUUGAGGCAAGAAUGUAAGGUGAUGCCACAUAUUAAACUGUAGUGUGUAUAGUUUUUUU